AAAAGUUACCUUCCACUGGCCAUCCGCAUCCCACCACGUUUCGUCAGCAUCAAUUGCUGAGCGCCAUCCAAUGGACCGGUAGCGUCGAAAUAUAAAUCCAAAUUUUGCUCUCACACACACUCUCUCUCAUUGCUCAGACAACAUGUCUGUCGCCCUACGUGCGCGACAGCCGCCGUCGAAGCCGCAUCACGGCAAGUUCAUCUACCUUUUCACCAACCUCAAGACGAAUCAAGUCAUCUACUCAUUAGAGAAAGAAAUCCACACGGAGCGACAAGAGCGUAUGCUCCUCAAGCAGCUUACCUUCUACGGCAAAAAGACUGUUCCCACAAAGCUCCGGAAGGAUCUCUGGAAACCGUACGCCACCGUCACAUUCCCGCGCGCAGAAGAUGGCCUGCAGGUGUUCAAGCUGCUCAAGGAGUACCGCAUGGUGCGAGACUACGCUUGGACGUUCGAGCCUACCACCGCAGACAUUGCGAAAGCGUCGCAACAGGAGCAAAAACUGCUAGGCUCUAACGAGAAUGAGGAUGGUGUGGACAAUGGCUACCGCGGCCUCGCAAAGCUGCCAACACGUUUCAGCGAGAGCGUGCUGUCACACUACACAUUUUAUCCGUCCAAAAAGGAGCGCGCGAAGUUACUCAUGGACCAACGGGCCACCUCAGUCGCUGAUUUAGCUCACAUCAUCACUCGGCAGCUGACCCCACCUCCGGAUGGAAUUUCGAAUGCCGAGCGCAAUGCAGAGAGGCAGCGCAGGAAGCUGUGGGCUAAGGUGCAAAGCCUGGCAGCUACGCCAAAAGAAGAGAUACAGAAGCUAGAGCAAGAACGAGCCGAGCUGCAGAAGGCCUCGGCAACAGCAACGCACGCGCAGAUGAGAAACCUUGAAAAGGCGAGGAUGAAGAGACGGAAGAAGCGUAUUGACCAGAUCACGGCGUACCUGAACCGGCUUCGCAAGGCGCGCGAAGCCGUCGCGUUCGUGACGGGCAACGGCGAAGACGUGCCGGAGUCGGCGCGCGCGAAGUGGUCCAAGACGCUGAAGUACAUUGUGCAGAUGCAGGACCCCUCUCGCCCGGUCAUAUCGACGUACGAUCGAGCGGCCGCGGAGGCGCGGCGCCAAGCCGAAGCGACGGCACGCCCGUCCAACUGGCCCAAGUCGACGAAAUAUGACGCCGAUGGCGAGACGCCUGUGCCGCCGAAGAUGCUGACGCGGCGAGACAGGAUUGCAUUGAAGCACGCGGAACCGCAGGUGGACGAGAGGCCGGCCAAGGGACUCCCUGAGGACAGCGUGCUGAUCCAGUGGGCCAACCUUCCGGACGCGCAGUUCGCGGCGGAAUGGCACGCGAACGUUGUGCACGAGCCGAUGGAGGACGCGUACGUCAAGAAAGCUGCCAAGGCGUAUGAGAGGCUCAGACACGAGGAAGAGGCUUCAUCGGAGGCCGGCGAAAACGCCGGCGAGCUGGCCGAUAGGUAUGAGCCGCCCUCAUUACCGUCGGAACACGCGGCAGGUUCCGCUGCCGAGGCGAAGCCGGAGGAGAAGGUCGGCUUUUUAGGCGCGCUGAAUCCGAUGAGGUUGUUCAGGGGAGGGAGCGAUGCUAGACCGUGAGCGCACGCUGCUUUACAGGUAGGGACUGCAUGAUCGUGUAAAUAUAGAUGGUCUUGAAGGAAAAGAAGAAUGCGUGUAUUAUCUACUGCUUCAGAACAUCACCAACAACUUGCAUCUUUGAAGAUAUGAUACUCUCUUUCUCUCCCGCAUCUUUGGUUCUGGCUUGAUGAAUGUUUGUUGGGGUAACCAUCUCCGUCCCCCGACAGUCGAUAGAUAGCAACUCAUAUUCUGUAAUGUACUUCGUGCUCGUACCUCA